UGUUUUCUUAUAUAUUAUAGAGAAAAGUUAUAAAACUUAUUAACUUAAUAAAUUUUCGAUCAGUUUUGUAAACAAUAUUUAGUAUUACAUGAUAGUUUAUAAACUGAACUUUCAAUAAUACUUGCAAAAUUAUAAAUGUGUAUAUUCAAAGAUUUUUUGUAGGGAUAAAAACAUAAGUUUCACUAAGAAAAUGUUUUAUGAAGCUUUCUUAGCGGGGACAUGGGCCUCAAUAGGUAGUACUUUGGGUAAACUGUCUGGAACGCCUACUAUUGUAGGCGAUAGUUACUUGAUAUGGGCUGUUCUCCUAGUCACAAUGGUGGUGACCAACACAUGGGGCUGUCGCUACUACCUACGCUCGCUGGACGCCGCAAGCAACUCUGUAGCACCUACUGUUAUUUCAGCAGCCUCUAGUUAUGUAUUAUCAGGCGUGAUUGGAGUGACUUUGUUCGAUGAGGGUGCCACUGUGAGAUGGUGGUUGGGCAUAUUUUUUAUUGUUAUGGGACUAAUAUUAGUGGCGCGGCCGCGUGCUAAUAAAGUGGAUAAACUUGAAUAGUUCAAAAUUUAUAAAUUGAAUAAAACUAUUAUAUUGUAGUUAAUUUUACUUUAUAGAAAGUUAAAACAUUAGAAUAUUUGAACAUGUAAAAAGUUAAUACUUCUGUAUUUGAUAGAUUGCUUAUUGUUACAUUUUAAAGUUUUUUCUUUUUAAAAAGACUG